UUUUCCGUUAAGAUUCAAAUAGUAUAAAAUAACUAAACCAAAAAAAUCGAUAGAACAAAUCUAGUUCCUAAUCGUUCUUGUUUUAUCCUGUGUAUUUUUUAUAAUUUAUAAUUUAUUACUUGCUCUUACUCUCGCUUGUAAUGGUUGCACAGCGACCAAAUUAUAAUACUAGUAGUAGUGGUGGUGGCAAUGGCAGCGAUGAUGUUGUUACUGUGGUCAAUAGCGAAGAGCCCGAUUCUGCAGAGUUCAAAGAGACACCGCUGCCAUGGGACAAACUGGGCGCACUGAUGGCAGUUCGUCUGUCGGAGCCUGUCAAUUUCUCGCUCAUUCUGCCAUUUGUGUAUCAGAUGGUCAGGGACUUUGGUGUCGCGGAGAGCCCCAAGGACAUUGCGUUCUAUGCUGGCAUGCUGUUUUCGGCAUUUUCGGUGUUCCAGACAAUGACCGUGAUGUACUGGGGACGACUCUCGGACCGCAUCGGCCGCAAACCAGUCAUUAUGAUUGGCCUGGCGGGAAACCUUAUAUCGUCGAUUUUGUUUGGAACUUCAAAGACCUUCAAGGCAGCUCUCUUUGCCCGCUCAUUCAAUGGACUGAUGGCAGGAAACGUGGCGGUCAUAAAGUCUGUGGUGGCUGAGAUUUCCGACGAUACUAAUAGGCCCCGGAUGAUGGCCUUGCUCCCGCUGAUGUGGAACGUCGGGUCGUUUGCCGGCACCGCUGUUGGUGGGCUGUUUGCCGACCCAGUUACUCAGUACCCCAGCCUGUUUGGCAACAGCAAGUUGUUCAAGGAGUUUCCUUACCUGCUCCCCUGCCUUAUCGGAUGCUUCACCACAGCGGCUGGCCUGCUUAUUGGUUUGUUUAGACUCGAGGAGACGCUGGUUCGGAGUCCGCCCAGAAGAAAGCCGCUGUCUGCAUCGUCAUCGGCAGCCACGCUGGAUUCAGAGAACACAUCGCUGGUGAGCAGCGCCCCGCGCCAGCGCACUGCCCGAGAGCUGCUGACGCCAACGGUCAUCAGCGUCAUGGCGACCAACGUAAUCAUCUGCGUGUCAAUAUCCAUGGCCGAACAGGCCUAUCCGAUUUUUGCAGCGACAGAUCCCAUUGAUGGCGGACUUGGCUUUGACACGCGCAGUGUCGGAUUUUCAAUGGCCAUCGCCAGCAUCGCCGUACUAUAUAUCCAGCUAAUUGCAUACCCGCGCCUAGAACGCAAGCAUGGUGCACUCAAGUGCUACCAAAAUGGCCAGAAAAUCAUGAUCCCGUUCUAUCUCGCACUCCCCUUCCUCUCCCUGCUUGCUGCGCGCAUUGCUGAGGAAACCGUUGGCGCCCCAUUCUCAUUCACCAGCGGGGUGCUCUGGACACUGCUUAUAUUUUUACUUUUGGUGCGCGUCACGGGCACAGUGCUGAUGUUCACCAGCAUUAAUCUGUUGACAGUCAAUAUGGCGCCGACGAGGGCGGAUCUUGGAUUUAUGAAUGGUGCACAGCAACUGGCCAUGUCAGCCACCAGGAUUGUUGGCCCGGUUUUGUCAGGAAUAAUUUGGAGCUGGUCUAUCAAGCAUUCAUUCCCGUUUCCCUUUGAUGCCCACUUGCUGUGGAAUAUUUGUGCGCUGUUGACCAUAUACGCUUUACACAUAUCGAACAGGAUUCCGGACUCUGUCAACACUUUUGAGGCGGGCAAGGCUGUUGAUAGUAACCGGGUGGAUCCCGAUGAUCAAGUUUGAUAAUAAAUGUAUUACUUGUUUUAUUUAAAUAUAAUAGCAACAUAUCAUUUGUUUCAAAUGUUGUCUAGCAGAACCACCCAAAUAAUUAACCUAUAUAAAAUGAUAUAU